GUAGAUGGGCCGUGACGGCACACAUCUGGUUUUAUGGUGAGGAAAAUAGCUGAUUGAAUUGAUACGCUUAACACAGCUGACUGGAGUAAAUAAAAAAGGAUUUGAAGGAAGCUUUGUGAUCCCCCACAUGGACAAACCCACCUUCGGUGCUGCUGCAGUUGCCCAGAAGUCACUGAAGUGACAUGAAGAAGGAAGAGUGGCCAUUAGGUUUCUUCGCAAAGAAGAAAUUCUUCACAAAGAAGAAAUUUCUGUCCAUCAUAAUUUCAGUAAAGCCAGUGGUCUGGAUUCUGCAGAAAAGUGAGACCAUUACCCAACAGGUGUGUAUCAGAUUCCCACAAAGCAACUGGCAGCCUGUAAUCAUUCCAGCAACUUACCCUAAAGCUGAUAAUUGAAGAAAAUACUUGGCUCUGGGAAGAGACGUGGAGGAAAUGUCUGACAGAUUUUUGUGACAGAGAGCAGCGCUCCCUUGGUGAGGAAGGAGUGAUGGACGUCCUCACUGUGGCCACGUUUGGUUAAGGAUGAAGCAGUGACUUUGGUGCAGGCAGAGAAGACUGCCACUUUGGGAACAAAACGAGUGACCGUGCAGUGGUUGAUGAGACUGAGGAACCAUUUCGUGCCUUUGAGCUUCAUUUAAGCUCUUCGUAUGAAUAAGAGCAAAAAUGUGUGCUAUGUACUGAAGGAGCAGCAGGUUCAGUCCAGAAGCCCUGCCUAGUUGGAAUUAAACUUCUGAUGAAUGGCGUGUAGGAGAAAUUGCUGUCUAACUGAUCCUUUGUGGACCUCUGACCAAAACCAUCCAGUGCAACAUAUGCACAGACUUAUCCAGAUUCCUGCUAGGAAUUGGAAUUGGCAUCGAGCAACAGCCAUGCCUCCACCCAGACCAGAAACCACCGAGAUGUCCCUGCCUCGGAUGAAGCUCGUGUGUCACUCACAACCCAUGGCAGAGGACAUGCAGGGGCUUGGAGCAGAUCGUGCUCCACCGUGCUGGAAUUUUGUCCUUCAGAUUGUGACAGAGGUUUCGCUUGUGUUGGCUUUGGAUGGAGACAGCUUGUAUCAUGGAGCCAGAGGACAGUUGGAAUGAGAAGAUACAGCAUGGUUAACCAAAGUCCAGACUCAUCUGGGCUCCUUGGGCAUCUCCCACUGCAUCAUUCAGGACCUGAGGUUCCCAUGUGCCUUUCUGGUCUUCUCAGCAAGCUAAUGGAAACAAUCCUGUAACUUCAAGGCAGAACCAUGAGGUUUUAGAGUUCCCCCGAACUGGUAACGAGAGACUUGAUACAGCUUAACAGCAGAGUAACUGCAUGCCAGGAUGGCAACUUCAAACCUGGAGAAUCAGCUGCACAGUGCCCAGAAGAACCUCUUGUUUCUCCAGAGGGAACACGCCAGCACCCUGAAGGGCCUGCAUGCCGAGAUCAGGCGCCUGCAGCAGCACUGCACAGACCUAACCUAUGAGCUGACUGUGAAGAGUUCAGACUUGUCAGGAAGCAUUAGUUCAAGAAGUGAUGAACUCAAAAGAAAGUGUGAAGAUCUUGAAGCUCAGCUGAAAGCCAAAGAGGCUGAAAAUAAUGAAUUAUUGAAAGAACUUGAACAAAAGAAUGCAAUGAUAAUGGUGCUGGAAAACACUAUUAAAGAAAGAGAAAAGAAGUAUUUGGAAGAGUUAAAAAUGAAAAGCCAUAAGCUCAAUAUGCUGUCCAGUGAACUAGAGCAGAGAGCAAGCACUAUCGCUUAUUUAACUUCUCAGCUGCACGCUACUAAGAAGAAGCUGAUGAGUUCAAGUGGGACUUCAGAGGGGACCCCUUCAGGCAGUCCAGUGUUGUCCAGCUAUAAGCCAGCCCCUCCCAAAGAUAAACUGCCUGAGACUCCGCGGCGCAGAAUGAAGAAGAGUUUGUCAACACCGCUCAACCCGGAGUUCGAAGAGGCCUACAGAAUAGGGUCGGAUAGUCGGAAGCUGCUGUUAAGAGAGCAUGUGGAUGCCAUGCCUGAUCCCACUCCGUUUCUGUUGGCCAGAGAAACAUCGGAGGUCCACCUCAUUAAGGAGAGGCCGCUGGUUAUUCCACCCAUUGCUUCAGAUCGAGCAGCCGGUGAAUCGCACAGCCCAGCCCGAGAGAAGCCACACAAGGCACACGUUGGAGUGGCGCAUCGCAUCCACCACGCUGCGCCCUCCCAGCCUCAGCCAGAGGUUGAAACGCUGGCGGUGGAUCAGGUCAAUGGAAGCAAGGUGGUCAGAAAGCACUCAGGGACGGACAGAACUGUUUGAGUCACAUCACUGCUGCCCUAUUCUGUUGCUGUUUAUGCACUGUGAUCCCAUAGGAUAAAUAGCACCUGCAGUAAAGUUUCUUUUGAUGCCCCAUGCAUGCCAAACUUCUUCCAGAUACAUCAUUAAUAGAUUAUCCUCCUCUAUUGAAACCUACUAGGACUGUGUUCAUAUGGCAAGGUAUAUAACUACUAAAUGCUGUGGCCAAAUCAGGGGUACCUGACUGCUUGCUUCUGAGCACUGCUCCAUUUAUUGUAUCUACACGUGUGGACAAAGGCACAUGCUGCAGGCUGUGUUAUUAAUAUUAGUGAAAACAAACCUAUUUACCUGCAGCAAUAGGUAUUGGCUGUUAGCAUUUGAAAUAGCAAUGGUUCUUUUGUCUUCACUGUGUAUGUAGCACUUACUUCAUACACAAACAUUAACUUUCAUGACAAAGCCUUCCUCAUGGUAGCAUUAAAAAUCCAUGUGGCUGUACAUAGACUUUAAAACAAACUAAGGACUUUUUUCCUUCAAAUGCUCUCAGUUGUGAACUGUUAUCAUAGUUUCUCAAAGUCCUGAGAGUCCCAGUAAGCAUUGUUUAGUCCUAAAUAAUUUGGUUUGUGGCUUUAAGUAAAAAAUGAGGAAGAAAAAUGGAAAAAUCACUGUCUUCAAUGGUUAAUGGUCCUCUCAGAAGGAGUAUGAACAUGUUGUUUUUGUUUGUUUUGUUUGUUGUUUUUUUUUUUUUUUUACACUGAAUGCCCUCAAUGCACAUUUUACACUAGUCAGUGAGUACACUGCACUUGUGGCACCUUCCAUACUGGCUCAGAGCUCCUUUUUUUCAGGGAGAAAAUGUACCUGACUGUAUGAGAAUGGUUCUUUAUGCUCUAACCUCACUUUUUUUAUAAAGAUUGUUUUUUUUGUUUUUUGGGUUUUUUUUUCUUGAAAAGUUUAGACUUAUUCAGGGUAUCAGUGGUCAGUUCUGACUUCUAAUAGCUUAGAAGCCUGAGCUGUGCCUCUAAAAUGUGUGUACUCAGUUUUAAAUGUAACUGACUUACCCACUUCUUACAAGAGGAGAACCUGGCAUCCUUGAUUUUUAUCCUAGUCACUUGGGAUGCACCUGCCUUGUACUUGUCCUGGUUCCCCUGUCUAGUUAGCAACAGGUAGACCCUCCAUCUGUUGUUAGACUACUUGAUUUCUGUUUCUUCUUUUUGUUCUUUUUUCUAGGAAAGAAAGGCAUACUGAGAGCUGUGUAUGUAAUUUUUGGAAAGGAGUUUUUCUUAAAUUCUGAUCAGCACCUCCAGCUUGCCUCUGCUUCACUCUUGUCUGCAGCCUCUGAGUAGGACCAGCAAGAAAAAAACAGCUCCCAAAUGCUGCUAAGCUUAUGAUGUGCCUUCAAAAAUUUGGAACACGUAACCUUUGUAAAAGCUGAUGAAGGAUCCCUGCCUGCCCUCUUUCCUUUCCCUUGCCAGCUGUAGUUUGCCCCUCCAGCUUUUUUUCUGCAGCUGUGUGUUGGUGUGUUUCCCUCUGGAGCCUUGGGUAACUAUUUGUCAGCUUUCUCCCUCCUCCCCCCCCAAAAAAAGGCACUGACAGGAUGAAAAAAGCUGUUCUUUCUACCUGUGGUACUGCUAACUUCCCUGUGCAGCAUGCUAACUUACAGCAGGGUUGGUCCCAGUCAGAGAGGAUUUGAAUGUCCACUGACCUGAAGGCUUCCUGUGCCCUGUCUCUGUGCACCCUCACAGCUCAGGCACUUGCUAGUUUGAGAAGCCCAAGAAAUGCUUGUCAGAGUUGUGCCUUGCCAGCCGUGUGCUAGGAUUUGUUUCAUGAACUGUGGGGGGGGAUAGGCAAAAGCUCUGUUCCUGACAAAUGAUUGGCUAAAGAAAGUUUGUUAUCCUGGAGUUCUAAGUGUAUUGUAUUUACCAGCAGUGUUUUCGGUUUGGGGAUUUUUUUGGUGGUUGUUGCCAUAUUUUUAUGGCUAUUGUAUGAGUGAACUACCCUGCCACUUGUUCAAGGCUGAUGGAAGGCAUCGCUUCCAAACCCAGCAGAAGUGAUGCUUUGGGCAAUUAAAAACAUUUCUUACAACCA